AUGCCUCCAGUUCUGCGCAAGCGCAAGGCGCCCGAGCCACCCCCAGCACCGCCCGCCACCAAGAAGGCCGCGCCCAAGGCCACAAAGGCCGCUCCCAAAGAAAAGGCUGCGCCCAAGGAAAAGCCCGCUGCUGCCAAGAAGGCAGAAGUUGUUGAGAAACGCGUGAAGGAGGCGCCUGCGAAGGUCGCUACGCCGCCUAAAGUCGGCGAUAUCAUCUCUCUCGAAGGUUUCGGCGGAGAGAUUGAGACCCAUGAUGGCAAGAAGACUACGCUAAAGGCCCUCGUUGAUGAUUCCAAGGGCGGCGUAGUCCUCUUUACAUAUCCCAAGGCCUCUACUCCUGGCUGCACGAAGCAGGUCUGUUUCUUCAGGGACUCUUACGAUGAUCUUACCAAGACUGGACUCGCUAUUUACGGUCUCUCGUCCGAUUCCGGCAAGGCCAACACUUCGUUCAAGGAGAAGUACAAGCUAAGCUAUCCUCUCCUCUGCGACCCGGAUGCGACUCUUAUCGCUGCCAUUGGUUUGAAGAAAUCGCCCAAGGGCACCCAGCGAGGUGUCUUUGUCGUCGACAAGUCCGGCAAGGUUCUCGCUGCUGAACCUGGCAGCCCUUCCGGCACUGUGGAUGUCGUCAAGGCGCUGGUGGAGGGCUCGGAUGAGGCUCCCAAGGAUGAGGCUGAAGAGGCAAACGGCACCACUUCCGAAGACAAGAAGGAGAAGGAGGAGACCUCCAACGGAACGGACAAGAAGGAUGACAAGGAUGAGUAG